CCCAAAACAUACACAAUAUGCCUGCUUCCAAAUAUUUGCUUCUGUUUCUUCUUGGAGUGUUGGUUUUCACAACCACUCCCUCUCUUGCUGAUCACCGCGAUGAUCACCACAAACCACCCUUUCAUAAGCCUCCUACUCAUCCAUCCGACCACCACAAACCACCCAUCCACAAGCCUCCCAUGGUGGAAGUCUCUCACCUUCAGAAGUCACCACAACAAACCAAACACAUGCCUCCAACCACAUUAAGCAAGCAAGAGCCACUCCCCGAGCACAAGCCAUCAACCCCACGUGAUCAACCUCCAAAGGGUAAGGGAGAAAAGCCACCACCGGAGCACAAGCCACCUCAUGAGCACCGCUUGUUGGAGAUCGAUGGAAAACCUUCUAAGGGAGAGAAAUCGCCACGAGAGCACAAUGAGCCUCAUAAGGGAGAAAAGCCACCGCCGGAGCACAAAGGAAAGCCAGGCGAGCAACCUCACAAGCAUCAUGAGCACAAACCUCCCCAUGAACAAAACGUUGGACGUCGUUUGUUAGAGUCAUCCUCCUCAGAAUUGGAUGGUAAGCCACCAAAGGGUAAAAAUUCUCCACCGAAACGCAAGCCACCUCAUGAACACCAAUUGUUAGAGUUGGAUGGAAAACCCAACGGAGAGAAGCCACCCCGAGAGCAUGACGGACCUCACAAGGGAGAGAAGCCACCACAAAAGCACAAUGGACCUCACAAGGGAGAGAAGCCACCACCAAAGCAUAAGCCACCACAUGAACACCAGUUGUUGGAGUUGGAUGGAAAACCUUCCAAGGGAGAGAAGCCACCGCAAGACCACAAUGAGGCUCAUAAGGGAGAGAAACCACCACCAAAACACAAGCCACCACAUGAACACCAAUUGUUUGAGUUGGAUGGUAAACCUUCCAAGGGAGAGAACCCACCGCAAGACCACAAUGAGGCUCAUAAGGGAGAGAAACCACCACCAAAGCACAAGCCACCACAUGAACACCAAUUGUUUGAGUUGGAUGGCAAACCUUCCAAGGGAGAGAAGCCACCACAAGAGCACAAUGAACAUAAGGGAGAGAAGCCACUACAAAAGCACAAGCCACCUCAUGAACACCGUUUUUUAGAGACCGAUGGAAAACCUUCCAAGGGAGAAAAGCCUCCACAACAUCACAAUGAGCCUCAUAAGGGAGAGAAGCCACCACCAGAGCACAAACCAGGACAUCCAGAUAAUGAACCUCACAAGGGUGAGAAGCCACCACCAAAGCACAAACCACCUCAUGAACAAAACACCGGACGCCGUUUGCUAGAGUCUUCUUCCACUGAAUUAGAUGGUAAGUCUCCUAAAGGAAAGAAGCCACCCCCAAAACACAAGCCGCCAACCCCACUUGGCAAAAAUGAUGAUCACAAGCCAUAUCCGGAACACAAGCCACCAAAGGGUAAGGGAGAGAAGCCACCACAUCACGACCGUCACCUUGGAGAGAAUGCAGAGAAGGAUGCCAGAGACCCACCACACAAGCCACCUCGGAAAUUAAAGCCUCCAAGUACUGUUGCAAAGAAGCCUCCAACUUCCCCUCACAAACCUCCAUCUCCCUACUGAUCAUCAGUUCAUCAUUAGUUUGCUACUUUCAUGAGAUAUUUGUAAAAUAAGAGCUGCUAUAUCCCUACUUUCUUGUUUCACUGUUCUACGGAGUUAUAGCAGACUCUGCUUGAUUCCAUGUCGUACUAGUUUAGCCUACUAGAGAGAUU